AUGGAUGAUAAUUCAACUGAUGAUGUACUACGGAAUAUUAUCACCAGGUACGAAUAUGAAGAAGAUGAAUUUCUACGAGAACUGGAACGUAUGCGUGAUCAAAUUCCCGAGAGAACGUCAUUAUGUGAGGAAGUUCCAAUACUCGGAGCAUUGUGUAGUUUGGUUGGUGAAAUUAGCAAACUUCGUCGAGAGAAUGAAGCAUUACGUUAUCGGCUUAGUGUAGCAGUUGAGCCAAAACGUAGUGUUGUCCAUCGAGUUAGUGCUAUUCUGGAAGGUCGAAGUAAUAUUAUCCCGAAAAUUAUGGGCCGACGAACUUCUCAUCAACGUGAAAUACGAAGUGGCGCACGUGAACGCUUAUCUACACCACCACAUAAGGCAAGCUACUAA